GCCUCGUGGCCUUGCACCAACGCAUGGGCAUCCGUUAUUCCAAAUGGAGUGGGAUCUUUAGUUGACGGUUCAUGGCAGUCAUUUCGCCCUUUUAUGUGUCUAGACUCUAGGCGUGCGCAUCAUGCCAUGCGGUGUUAGCUGAUUUGAGUCCGGUCAGGAGUCGCGACAUUUUCCCGACGGGGAGACAUUUCGGAUUUUAGGGUUUAAGCAGGGUUUUUCUUCCCGAUCGUCUGAAACACACUGAGUGGGAAUCCAUGAAAAGAUAAAUUUCUUCAGAAAAAUGCGGGGAUUCACUUUGGUUUCCCGAUCUUUUGCGCGCGGCUUCUGCACAUCAUCUAAUACCGAUAAGAUCGUAGCUGCUGUGUUGUUCGAGAGAUUGCCGGUAGUCAUUCCUAAGAUCGACCCUGUCAUCUACGCGUUUCAGGAAUUCUCGUUCAAAUGGGGGCAGCAAUAUCGACGGAAAUAUCCGGAUGAGGUCCUAACAAAGUCUGAAUCUAGGGGAAAAGGAGACUACCAGAUCGAUUAUGUUCCAGCUCCGCGAGUCACUGAAGAUGACAGGACAAACAACAGAAGGUCAUUACAGAGGGCACUGGACAGACGACUUUAUCUUCUCCUCUACGGUAGUUCUUAUAUGGCUCCUGGAGGAAAACCUGUCUGGCAUUUUCCUGAAAAGGUGUACGAGUCUGAAGAGACCUUGCGUAAGUGUGCCGAGUCAGCAUUAAAAUCCAUUAUUGGAGACCUUUCCCACACGUAUUUUGUUGGGAAUGCUCCUUUUGCACAUAUGGUUGUACAGCCAACAGAAGAAGUUCCUGACCUUCCAUCAUUCAAGAGGUUCUUUUUCAAGUCACAAGUAAUUGCUGCCAACAAGUACCAGAUUGGAAAAUGUGAGGAUCAUGUAUGGGUUACCAAGGAUGAAUUAAUGGAAUAUUUUCCAGAGCAAGCUGCCUUCCUUAACCAGAUGAUUAUUAGUUGAGGCUUCUGCUCCCCAUCUUCAAGCACUCAUCAAAAUUUGUGGAAACUAUUUUCUCCAGUGAGUUCGAGCUCUGGAAAGCUUAAUCAUCCGUUGCAGUAAUCAACGAGGAUUUCAUGCUCUGGACAAGUAUUGAAUUUGAAGGUCUUGAGGAUUCAAUUGUAUGUUCAUCGUAUUGGAAUUAUUUAUGGACUUUUCUAUUCCUGUACACUUGUUUGCUAAUCAAGUAAACAAAAGUUUUGCAGAAUAAAAAGGGUUUAAUUUAAGGUGACAA